GUGCAGUUGAACCGCGUGUGGGGCAAAGCUGCGUAUUGGCCUCCUGGGUUCAUUCGCUCACACUGCUCCUUCUUUCGCCGCUGUCUCCUCCAAGUGUAGUCAGCCUUUUACACAGGGACCACAGGACAGUUCUUACUAGGAAUGACUGUCGGUCCCUGCCCACCCGCGUGCCAUGAGCCUUAGCAGAGCUUCAAAGUUGGAGCCACCUCCCACUCUACCUCCCCACGCCCCUUCACGCCACUGCUCCGAAAUUUACCAACCUUUGCAUGCAUUGCCUAAGGGCUGCAAACCUUAGGGCAGAGAGCUCUCAACCCCGCCAGGCUUUCUGUAUUGUAACCUCUGGGUCUAGGUACAGUAGCUCACUGAAGACUCUGCAGCUACACCCCUAUAAACGGAGGGAAGAAGGGGGAAGGGAAAGGAGGAGAGAGGAAAGGAGAAAGAGAAUGAGGAGGAGAGGAUGUCAGAAGGUCCGUGCCUCUCUGCCUGAGUCCCAAUUAGAUGCGACUGUUUCAGCCUGGCCAAGGUGAAGGAAAGUUGCUUGUGAGCCCAGGAAGUGGGUUUGGCUGCAAAGAGGAGGAGGGCGCCUGGGCUCUAAAGCUCCCCUCCCUUCUGCUGAAGACCACUGGGUCCCCUUCUUCCCAACCUCCUCCUGCUCUUCUCCUCUAGCCCUCCCUUUUCCCACUCCUCCUUGACUCGGAGGCCUGGAUGCUGGGCCACCGGGCAGAGGUCCAGCGCGCAGCCGGGCGGGGGCGGGGGCAGGGGGCACUGUGACAGGAAGCUUCGCGCACAAGUUGGCCAUUUCAGGGGCAAAAUAAGUUCUCCCUUGGAUUUAGAAAGGACAAAGGCAGCAAGCUCCCUCUUUUGUGUCGGAUGAAGAGGACCAACCAUGAGCCAGAGCUUGGGUGCAGGCUCACCGCUGCCGCUACCACCGCGGUCAGCUUCAGUUCCUGCCAGGAGUUGACCGUGCGAGGAAUUCAGUGACGGGCUCUUUUAGCCCUAUCCUCCCUUAUCUGAAGGACAGACCAAAGAUCCUACUUGGAAAUGAGAGAAGACUAGCGGGAAACAUUGAACCCACCCAGUGAUAUCUCCAAGAGAUACAGAACCAGGAUUCAUGAAGAUGUUGACAAGACUACAAGUUCUUAUGUUAGUUUUGUUUUCAAAGGGAUUUUUAGUCUCUUUAGGAGAUCACAACUUUAUGAGGAGGGAAAUUAAAAUAGAAGGAGACCUUGUUUUAGGGGGCUUAUUUCCUAUUAAUGAAAAAGGCACUGGAACUGAAGAGUGUGGACGAAUCAAUGAAGACAGAGGUAUCCAGCGCCUGGAGGCCAUGUUGUUUGCCAUUGACGAAAUCAACAAAGACAAUUACUUGCUCCCAGGAGUGAAACUGGGGGUUCACAUUUUGGAUACAUGUUCAAGAGAUACCUAUGCAUUAGAGCAAUCACUGGAAUUUGUCAGGGCAUCUUUAACUAAAGUGGAUGAAGCUGAAUAUAUGUGUCCUGAUGGAUCAUAUGCUAUUCAAGAAAACAUCCCACUACUCAUUGCAGGAGUCAUUGGUGGUUCAUACAGCAGUGUUUCGAUACAGGUGGCAAACCUGCUGAGGCUCUUCCAGAUCCCUCAGAUAAGCUACGCCUCCACCAGCGCCAAACUCAGCGACAAAUCGCGCUAUGAUUACUUUGCCAGGACCGUGCCCCCUGACUUCUACCAGGCCAAAGCCAUGGCCGAGAUCUUGCGCUACUUUAACUGGACCUAUGUGUCCACUGUUGCCUCUGAAGGUGACUAUGGGGAGACAGGGAUUGAGGCCUUCGAGCAGGAAGCACGGCUGCGCAACAUCUGCAUCGCCACUGCUGAAAAGGUGGGACGCUCCAACAUCCGCAAGUCCUACGACAGCGUGAUCCGUGAGCUCCUGCAGAAACCUAACGCACGAGUCGUGGUCCUGUUCAUGCGCAGUGAUGACUCACGAGAGCUGAUCGCUGCAGCCAACCGCGUGAAUGCCUCCUUCACCUGGGUGGCCAGCGACGGCUGGGGUGCACAGGAGAGCAUCGUCAAGGGCAGUGAGCAUGUCGCCUAUGGCGCCAUCACCCUGGAGCUGGCAUCCCACCCUGUUCGUCAGUUUGAUCGCUACUUCCAGAGCCUCAACCCCUACAACAAUCAUCGUAACCCCUGGUUCCGAGACUUCUGGGAGCAGAAGUUCCAGUGCAGCCUCCAGAACAAGAGAAACCACAGACAGGUUUGUGACAAGCACCUGGCCAUUGACAGCAGCAACUAUGAGCAAGAAUCCAAGAUCAUGUUUGUGGUGAAUGCAGUGUAUGCCAUGGCGCAUGCGCUGCACAAAAUGCAGCGCACCCUCUGUCCCAACACCACCAAGCUCUGUGAUGCGAUGAAGAUCCUGGAUGGAAAGAAAUUGUACAAGGAUUAUUUGCUGAAAAUCAACUUCACAGCUCCAUUCAACCCAAAUAAAGGAGCAGACAGCAUUGUGAAGUUUGACACUUAUGGAGACGGGAUGGGAAGAUACAACGUGUUCAACUUCCAGCAUAUAGGUGGAAAGUAUUCCUACUUAAAGGUUGGCCACUGGGCAGAAACCUUAUAUCUAGAUGUGGACUCUAUCCAUUGGUCCCGGAACUCAGUCCCCACUUCCCAGUGCAGUGAUCCCUGUGCCCCCAAUGAAAUGAAAAACAUGCAGCCAGGGGAUGUUUGCUGCUGGAUCUGCAUCCCUUGUGAGCCCUAUGAAUACCUGGUUGAUGAGUUCACCUGCAUGGAUUGUGGCCCUGGCCAGUGGCCCACUGCAGACCUAUCUGGAUGCUACAACCUUCCAGAGGAUUACAUCAAGUGGGAAGAUGCCUGGGCAAUAGGCCCAGUCACUAUUGCCUGCCUGGGUUUUAUGUGUACAUGCAUAGUCAUAACUGUUUUUAUCAAGCACAACAACACACCCUUGGUUAAAGCAUCAGGCCGAGAACUCUGCUAUAUCUUGUUAUUUGGAGUUAGCCUGUCCUAUUGCAUGACAUUCUUCUUCAUUGCUAAGCCAUCGCCUGUCAUCUGUGCAUUGCGCCGACUUGGGCUUGGGACCUCCUUUGCCAUCUGUUAUUCAGCUCUACUGACCAAGACAAACUGCAUCGCUCGAAUAUUUGAUGGAGUCAAGAAUGGCGCUCAGAGGCCAAAAUUCAUCAGCCCCAGUUCUCAGGUUUUUAUCUGCCUGGGUUUGAUACUGGUGCAAAUUGUGAUGGUGUCUGUGUGGCUUAUCUUGGAGACUCCAGGUACUAGAAGAUACACCCUUCCAGAGAAGCGGGAAACAGUCAUCCUAAAAUGCAAUGUCAAAGAUUCCAGCAUGUUGAUCUCUCUGACCUAUGACGUGGUCCUGGUGAUUCUAUGUACUGUGUACGCCUUCAAAACAAGGAAGUGUCCUGAAAACUUCAAUGAAGCCAAGUUCAUAGGCUUCACCAUGUACACCACCUGCAUCAUCUGGCUGGCAUUCCUCCCUAUAUUUUAUGUGACAUCAAGUGACUACAGAGUGCAGACGACAACAAUGUGCAUCUCCGUUAGCUUGAGUGGUUUCGUGGUCUUGGGCUGUUUGUUUGCCCCCAAGGUGCACAUUGUCCUGUUCCAACCCCAGAAGAAUGUGGUCACACACAGACUUCACCUCAACAGGUUCAGCGUCAGUGGAACUGCGACCACAUAUUCUCAGUCCUCUGCAAGCACAUAUGUCCCGACAGUGUGCAACGGAAGGGAAGUCCUGGACUCUACCACCUCAUCUCUGUGACUGUGACUCGCAGUUCAGUUCUGUUUAUAGGCUGUUAGACGAAGUGCUCAUAUGCUGCUCCAGAACAUGGAAACAGAACAAAAACAACAACCCUAGUACCUUUUUUUUUUUUUUUUUUUUUAGAAACAGUAAAAUAAAUUAUUUUUGAGGACUGUAUGGUAUAUAGUGACGUGCUACAAGUUUCUAGGCUGAUUUUAGAGCCCCUAUUAACAGCCCCUCCCCAGGACAUGGAAAUAACCAUUGUUUACAGAGCUGAGCAUUGGUGACAGGGUCUGACAGGGUCAGUCUACUAAAACAAAAAACAAAACAAAACAAAAAAACAAAAAAAUAAUACAGUGGCAAUAUUAGGUAACCUUUUUCCUAUGAAGUCUUUUGUAGGUUCUUGUUGUAACUAAUUUAGGGUGAGUUUCUACGUUGUAUAUUAAAGUUACAUUAUGUGUAACAGAACGUUUUUUUCUCAGUACAAAAUAAAAUGCAUCUGUAUUAAUGUAAAGAUAACCAGAAUAAAACCUUCAAGGUUUUCAAGCAUGGUGGAUAACAGUUUGUCCUUUUGGAUCACUCAAGGUAAUUUGAAUAUGUAGAUAUCAAGUCCCCUUCUCUUGUUAAUGCUGGAAGUAAUUGUCUUACUGCGCUUUUUCUUCACACUCAUAUUCUGAGUCAGAUUCGAGCCCUGCAGAGUGUUGUGAAUGGAAUUCCACUUUUCUACAGAUCAUAGGGAUGAGACAAGGGGUAACACCAUAAAUAUAAGACCAGCUCUAUAUAUAUAUAUAUAUAUAUAUAUAUAUACAUACAUAUAUAGUCUUUUUAAAGCUAGGUCUGUAUGACAACACAGAACUGCCAACUAAGUCAAAGGCUUCCCUAUAUCCUGAAUAGAGAGAGAGAGAGUUAUGAUCUACCAGAAAAUAUUUGAUGGUUCUGAUGUUCAAAAUAACCAUAAUGACGAAAGGAAACUGAAAAGCAUUUAAUAAUCCCACUGAGAAAUUGCUCUUGUCCUUCAUAGAUGAACGGGGAAGUAGAAAUCCUGGCGAUCUUCCUUCCCACAGCUUUCUCAAGUCCUAGGAAUGAUGUGCUAGCACACAGAAUUGUCAUUAACUUUAAAUAUUUUAUUAACCCCAAAUAAGGCAUGAAUAGUAUGGGUAAGAAUCUUACUAAAUACUUCCCUGCUUCUAUCAAACUUUUAGUCACACAUAAUUUAUCAAUGUCGGAUUAAAUAUUGAGAAUACAUCUACCUGUAAAACCUAUGUCACAUACAGGGCAGAGAGUACAUUUUUUUUCCUGUGUUGAUGGGGAAAAAAUGUUAUAAUGCAUGUGGCUUAAAACAACAAAAAGUUAUUCUGUCACAGUGAAGGAGUCAGAAGGACCAGGCUGCCUUAUUGAUUCAAAGAAAUCACACAUCCCAUCCCUUUCCUUGCACCUGGUAGUUAAGAGUUCCUUGGCCUCUGGCCACAUCAUUUCAAACUCCGUUCAGUCAUUAUGUCAUAUUUACCACUGUGUCUGUCUUGUCUUUUGUCUCCUAAAAUGUCAUGUAUCAUUAGGUGCAGAGUGACCUAGGAUACUUAUCACCUCCAUAUUCUUAAUAGGCCAUUUGUUUAAAGUUUGUUGUUGUUGUAACCGUUUUCUUUUGUUUUGGUGUUUGUUUUGUUUUUAUUUUAAAAUAAAAUAGUGUUCUCAGGGUUCAGGGACUAAGAUGUGGACAUAUUUUUGAGAGGCCACUAUGAAGCCUACAAAAGAAAGACAAAUGAGAUAAAGUCCAUCUAGUUCCUGCAUUUGAAAAGCACAAACUAGAGAUGCGGAUAUAAAUCAAUUGAUGUUUGCUUUGCAUGCACAAGAAAAUAUUUGAAAAGCAAUCAAGAACAACAGAGAAAGGAGUGAAGUAUAUGGAAUUAAAUACAUGAGAGAUAGUACUUGAAGUAAGGAAGCCAUAGUAAUAAUAUUUUUAGUAAUCUAAAAAGAAUGAGCAGGGGCAUAAAGGCCAAGGAAAUUGGCCUGGAAGGAAAUAGGAAGCUAGACUUGCUCUUCUUAUGCAUGCAUUUGAAUGAGCCACCUAAAGAAUCUAGCUCUAGCCAACCAGAAAACAGUGGUGCUGAGCGCUCCUUGAAUUCUCACACUCAAGUAAGUACCUGAAAUUCAGGGAGUGAGCUAGGGUAGGUUGAGUAACAGAUUCAAAGACACUAAAUAGCACAGUGAAUUCCACUCCAACUGCAGUUGGUAAGAGUGCCCGAUGAGCAGACGCAGAAUGAGCAUCUGCUCGGGACAGCGGCUCAGCAAGCUGAUGAGAGAGAAAAUAAACUCAGUCCCGUGACGGAAUGUGACAGUCUGAGGAUGGCAAUAUCAGAUGGGCUGUUCAGAGGUACAGCUGAUGCCUCUCACAGUCAAGCUGAUCGUGGAUCUUAAAGCAUGACAAUCAGGUUGUGUCUAAAUCAUGAGACAACUGUAGUUUGGAAGGCUGGGGCUCUUAUCCUCUCUGUAUUUUAUGCCCUGUCAGUACACUAAAAAUAUAGUAACAGGCAGCUCUUGUCAUUUUCUCCCUCCUUGCUACAAGUCUUGUUUUUAAUUAGAAAUUUCACCACCUACCAUAUGAUCCCUAGAAAUAAUUUUUAUGAACAUUCAACAUAUGUAUGGAAAACAGGCAUUAUAAAAUCAUUUUUAUGUGAGCCAUUAAAAAAAAUUAGUUUUGGAAGCCUUUUCCCCCACAUUAGUAACAACAUUUUACCCUUCCAGAAUGGAAAGCCGAUUGAUCGAUCUCAGCAAAACUUCCCUAAAUUUAAGAAUUCUCAAGCUAAAUAAUAGAUCCUAUUCAUUAAAGAAACUUUUAGAAGCGAGCUAGCUGUUUGCCUUGGGUUUCUGAACAGUUCCUAUACUCUGCAUCUUCUCUAGCCUAAAUAUUAAUAGAAUUUCCUACACACCCAAGUUUAGAAUGGUGAAGGAAAGAUGUUCCUAUUUUUAAACUGCAAGGCAAGCCGGCUUCUGGACAACACAGAGGACAGAUGUAAAGAAUGACUGAGAAAGGUAAUCUCUGCCUCUGCCCUGACAGGCUUCGGGUGCACAUGUUUUCUCAGCUAGUACCUGCAUCAUCCGCUGCCCCAUUGUGAACAUUUGGAAUCCAGUAGCCUUUCUGUGUGGGAAAAUGUAAAAAAAAAAAAAAAAAAAA